UACAUACACAGAACGCGUAAGUUUUCGGUAUAGAAACCUGUGAAAACUGAAAAGUGACCAUUUUUCGUCAUUGCCCACUGAGUCUCAUUACAUAACCGUUUUUUCGGAUCGGGUUCUGGUAUUCGUCGUUGUUUGAAAAUGGCGACCAUGACGAGCUUGAUCGGACUCAUCAACAAGAUCCAACGUGCGUGCACGGUGUUGGGUGACCAUGGCGGCGAGGGAAUGUCGCUGUGGGAGGCGCUUCCCACGGUCGCGGUGGUCGGAGGACAGAGUUCAGGGAAAUCAUCAGUGUUGGAAAGUGUCGUGGGAAGGGAUUUUCUGCCUCGGGGAUCUGGUAUUGUGACACGGAGGCCACUAGUUCUGCAACUUCACAAGACAGAUGAUGGGCAGCAGGAAUAUGCUGAGUUUCUUCAUGCAUCAAGAAAGAGAUUCACUGACUUUGCUGCUGUGAGACAGGAAAUUUCAGAUGAAACAGAUCGUAUAACUGGGAAGACAAAGGCAAUUUCAAACGUUCCAAUUCAACUGAGCAUAUAUUCUCCAAAUGUUGUGAACUUAACCCUCAUAGACCUUCCUGGGUUGACAAAGGUUGCUGUAGAGGGACAAUCAGACACCAUUGUUCAAGAUAUUGAGAACAUGGUCCGUUCCUAUGUUGAGAAGCCCAAUUGCAUUAUAUUGGCCAUCUCUCCUGCAAACCAAGAUAUUGCCACUUCAGAUGCAAUAAAAAUUGCAAGAGAAGUUGAUCCUUCUGGUGAAAGGACAUUUGGGGUGGUUACAAAACUUGAUCUUAUGGAUAAAGGAACUAAUGCUGUUGAGGUUCUCGAAGGAAGGCAAUACAGGUUGAAACAUCCUUGGGUUGGAAUUGUCAAUCGUUCACAAGCUGAUAUUAAUAAAAACGUUGACAUGAUUGUCGCUCGCAAGAAGGAACGCGAAUAUUUUGAGACUAGUCCUGAAUAUGGACAUUUGGCACAUAAAAUGGGGGCAGAAUAUCUUGCCAAACUUCUAUCAGAGCAUUUGGAGUAUGUUAUUAGGAUGAAGAUACCUAGUAUCAUUUCCUUAAUAAAUAAAGCAAUUGAUGAGCUUAAUGCAGAGUUGGACCGAAUUGGCAGGCCAAUAGCUGUGGAUUCAGGGGCCAAAUUAUACACAAUUUUACAGAUGUGUCGAGCAUUUGACAAAGUAUUUAAAGAACACCUGGAUGGAGGACGUCCUGGCGGGGAUAGAAUAUAUGGUGUUUUUGACCACCAAUUACCAGCUGCUUUAAAAAAGCUCCCAUUUAAUCGCCAUCUUUCCUUAAAGAAUGUCGAAAAAGUUGUUAUGGAAGCGGAUGGUUAUCAGCCACAUCUAAUUGCUCCAGAGCAAGGAUAUAGAAGACUUAUUGAGGGAUCUAUUGGCUAUUUCAAAGGCCCAGCUGAAGCCUCUGUGGAUGCUGUACAUCUCAUUUUAAAGGAGCUUGUACGGAAGUCAAUUGCAGCAACUGAGGAAUUGAAGAGGUUUCCAACCCUUCAGGCUGAUAUAGCUGCUGCUGCAAAUGAUGCUUUAGAACGAUUCCGAGAAGAAAGUAGGAGGACUGUGACCCGGAUGGUUGAUAUGGAGUCUGGCUAUCUAACAGUGGAAUUUUUUCGGAAGAUGCAUCUUGAACCGGAAAAGAACGCAGAUCAAAAGAACCCCAAUCGGAGUAAUCCUAAUCCACCUGUAGACAGUUACACAGAUAAUCACCUCAGUAAAAUUGGAUCAAAUGUUAAUGGUUAUAUCAACAUGGUUUUGGAUACACUCAAAAAUUCAAUACCAAAAGCCGUGGUUCAUUGUCAAGUUAGAGAGGCAAAGAGAUCAUUGCUUAACCAUUUUUAUGUUCAAGUUGGGAAGAGAGAGAAGGAUCAAUUGGGGGCUUUGUUGGAUGAAGACCCUGCACUUAUGGAAAAGAGAGCACAACUAGCUAAAAGGCUUGAAUUGUACAAGCAAGCUAUGGAUGAUAUUAACUCUGUGGCUUGGAAUAAAUAAUGAAUAUAUAUCCCAUUCAUUACAACGGAUGCUAUAGGUUCAAUUUUGCGCAUCUGCUAUAACGAAGAUCAAUCAAAGAUUAAUUAUUUCACACUUUGAUUCUAUUUUAUUUUUUUAUCAAACUGGAAAGCAAAAGGCAUAGUUGCUGCAAUAAGUUCUAAUUCUUUUACCAGUAGUGUAUAAAUAUUGGACUUUAUGUUUUGCGUCUAAUAUAAC